AAGCGAGGGACCAAUCGAGACUAGGGUGUAUUUUUUUUUUUAAUUUUGUUGACAGUUUAGCACUAACUGGAGCAGCAUAAUGGCCGAUAAAAUGGAUAUGUCUCUAGACGACAUUAUCAAGCAGAACAGGCAGCAGAGAGGUGGAGGCCGAGGAGGACGAGGUCGAGGCCGCGGUGGCUCAGGCGGCGGCCGAGGUGGAGGCGCUGGGCGUCUCGGAGUCAGCGGCGGAGGAUUUGGAGGCCGAGGCGGCGGAUCUGGCCCCAUGAGGAGCCGACAGAACCUGAACCGCGGUAGAGGCAGACCAACGCCUUACAGCAGGCCUAAACAGCUUCCAGAUAAGUGGCAGCACGACAUGUUUGACAACGGCUUCAGCGGCUUCAAUGGUGCUGCUGGGGGUGGCGGAGGAGCUGGUGUGGAAACUGGAGGGAAGCUCCUCGUCUCCAAUCUCGAUUUUGGAGUCUCAGAUGCAGAUAUUCAGGAACUUUUUGCUGAAUUUGGGACUCUGAAAAAGGCUGCAGUUCAUUACGACCGGUCAGGAAGAAGCCUAGGAACCGCAGAUGUCCACUUUGAAAGGAGGGCAGAUGCCCUCAAAGCCAUGAAACAGUAUAAUGGCAUCCCACUUGAUGGGCGACCUAUGAACAUACAACUCGUCACAUCACAGAUUGACACACAGAGGCGACCUAUGCAGGGUCUGAACAGAGGUGGCGGAGGCAUGAACAGAAAUCGCGGGGGCAGCUUCGGAGGCAUGCAGAGAGGACGUGGAGGACGGGGUGCAGGCGGUGCCAGAGGAAGGGGUCGAGGUGGCAGAGGCGGUACUGGCAAGCAGCAGCUGUCGGCAGAAGAACUUGACGCUCAGUUAGACGCCUACAAUGCUAGGAUGGACACCAGCUAAGAAAUGAAGAUCUACUGAGUUGUCGUCCCUUCCUCUCUGCACAGAAGGGUGGUUGUUAGAAAUGUGCAGAAUAUUUUACACUUGCUUGUGUUCUGAUGUGUGUGAGAUUAUUGUUCCAACCUCUUCUUUUAAUUGCUCCGAAGUGUUUUUUACCAGUAUUUUUUUCUUCCCCUUUUUCUGAUGAAAAUGGUUUUGGCUGUAGGACAAUGUGAAUUGGGUUUUCCCAGUUCUUUCCUCUACCCUGUAGUUAAUGGAACUUGUAAUAAAACCUGCAGUGCAUAUUAACCACA